GGAGAGAUAUUUUUGUUAUUCAAUUUGAUACGGUUUGAUUUUUACAUACAUUUAACAGGUUUGUUUACAGUUAUCUCGUAUCUUAAAAGGAUAUUUUCUUAUCCGAACAAAACGGUCGAAAGUACAGACAGUGAAAGGUCAAAAUCUUUCUCUGAUUUUGUUAAUGAAACCUUCGCUGCAUCGCCGAUUAAAAUUGCUGGUAUAUCACAAACGAUCGGCGAUAUCUCAGAGUUUUUCCUGAAAACUUGAUUUAUAUGAUAUUCCUCUAGCUUGAUUUAGAAAUUUAAUUUACAGCUUGUCGGAUGUCUUUGAUAAAAUUUGGUAUAAUUUAUCAUCAAAAGAAUCGUAGGGAUUCAUUUGCAUCCAUCCUCUUCUUUUCGAUGGAAUAAAGAGCACUUAACUGAACAUAAGGUUUCUUGCUAUUGGCUGUAUCUGAGGAAACGAUCUCUACACUACAGCGACGUGAAAAAUCAUUGAAAUGUCUUUCCGGCUCAAGGAGAAGGUUGUACCUGUUUGUAAUUUUCAUAGUUUGACUCCUCAGUGGAGAAAGCCUUUUCUGAAAUUUUUCAAAUGUUUUUGCUUGAAGGUGUAGUUGUAAACACAUGCCGGACACAUAACAAACCAGGUCACAUCAUAUAUCAGGGUGGAGCGAUAACUCAGGAUCUGUAAACUACGAAUUUACAUACAGAUUAGCGAACAGCUUUUCACCUGCUUUUUGAUAUCCACCGACGACAAUACACACAAAGCAUCACAAAGAAGAAAUUUAGAAAGUAUAUUUUGAUUCCACCUUUCAGUGUUUCCUCUGGCAGCUUAAGUGCACUAUAAAUCACAAUGUCUCAUUUUGUCUUCUGUUUUCAGAACCACCAGUUGUUGAAAUCACCUCAGAGAGUUCUUCAGGUUCGCGAAGGUCGCGACGAUUUUUACAGCUCUGUUUAAAACCACAAGACACCAGAUGUCAAUGAUGGAUCACUAUCAACAAUAUGGUGUUACCACAGCAUUCGUUAGCCCUUUGUAUAUCCUCACCAUGAUUGCGGGAUCCCUCGGCAAUGGCUUGAUAAUCUAUUCUUAUGUGACCGACAACUCCAUUCGAAAAACGUUUUACUUCCUCAUCACCAACUUGGCGAUCGCCGAUCUGUUGAUUUCCCUCCUUUUUACCCCAAUGUUGUUCAUCUAUCGGGUGUACGCCAAGGCUGAGCUUAUAGCAUACACACCGGUUUGCGAAAUCAGCCUGUUUCUCUCCAUGUUCAGCAUUUCCUUGAUGUAUUUUGUUUUCCCAUUGUUGGCUUACCAUCGAAAAGAUGUCAUGUUGCGACCACAAAAUCCCAGGCUCUCUCUGGUGCAAGCACACCUGAUGGUGUCCAUAUUCUGGAUCCUGUGCAUCUCGUCCGCUGUUUUUAUGGUCCUCAUGGCCCGAAAUGAGUUCACGAAUGGCGACCCGACACCAAAGCUUUACCGCUGCUUGCUGAUUAACCAGCGUCUGGAUACAUAUGCGCAGGUGUUCCUCGGGUACUCGGCGACCCUGUACGGCCUGUCUAUUGCCUUUACAGCCAUGAUCUACCUGCAGAUAUUUUUUACCCUGCGAACCCAUCUUGAAGGAGUGAAUGGAUCGGCGGACGAGCGACAUACAACCAAGUUGUGCUUCUGGAUAGCAAUCGUGUACACUGCUUUCUGGACUCCGUUCCUCCUCGUUCAACUUGCCGGAAUCUUUGGUACCUACACAGAGCUUUAUUUCAACCUUCACGGCUGUUCAUCUGCUAUUGGGGUCAUUGGGUCAGCGGUGAAUCCAUUGCUGUAUGCUGUCAUGAAUCCAUAUUAUAAGACCAGGAUGCGCGACUUGUUCAAGCGACUGACUUGCCGCGGUUAGUAGCAUCAUGAUUCGAGGACUCGGCACCUGUGUUAUCGUUAGCUAAUGAGAGAUUUUCAGUUGAAUACUAUAGGACAAACGCCGAAGCAAUCGCAUAUGCAAAUGUCGAGAAAAAUAAGCCAUCUGUAAGCAAUGAAAAAUAAGGGUGGAAAACGACCUGUAAAAAUGUGGCAUAGCCGCAGAUGGCUUUCAUUUCGCUUCUGAUUUGUCGUUGCGAGGUUAGCGCGAGAUUUUUAAACCAAUCAAAGAGCGAGGAUGAACAACGCCAAUGUAAUCCCGAAUUACUUUUAGCUCUCAAUUGCAAAUUGCUCCAUACAGGAGAUGAUUAUGAAUCAAAAUACAGCAACUUUAGACUACUGUAAACAUGAAAAUUGAAAAUCGCUUCAUUAAGUUUAAACUCUGUUAAAAAAAAAAAAAAGACAAGUUUUUUUUAAAGAAGUAACCCUACAACUCUCAGAAGUGAUUCACAAGUAACUUCCCCCUACAAUGUCGAUACAAUAUCCAGCAAACAGGUAAUGGGAAUACUCAGACUUGUCAGGUAGCAGUUAGAAUCUUGAUUUUAACAGCAAAUUCUCAUUACUAAUUUACAAGUAAAAGUGUAGCAACCAGACUGGAGAAAAAAAUGAAUCAAUCUUGAGAGUUAAAGGUUUUAAUAUUUUUUUUUUCUAUACUUGCUUGUUUCAGUCUAAAAUGUUUUGAACUCCAGUUAGUAUUUGCUAGAAGCUGUGUCUUUUUUGUUGUUUUUUUUUUUCUCCAAAACCCUCUGAUACUGAUAUGUUGAUUAAUUCCCUGAGUUAUUUACAAAUAGGGUGGCCUUUCGUCGCCGGUUAUAGCUGCAUGGUACAAAAAAAUUUAACAACAAUAACUAAAGAAGUAAACAAGCUCAGUAACUUAAAGUUAAUGUGCUAAUUGUAUCAUUUGCAGAAACGGCCCCGACCAUGACAGAAGAAAUCUAGAAACUAAAAAUUUUUGUUCAGCAAGUAAGGAAUGAGUUAUAAGUAUACAUUUACUAUCUUUGCCGAGACAGCUUGGUAUACAGUAGAAAAGUACAGUUUAAGCUUUUAAGUCAUUUUUAGAGGACAUGGUUGAUGCUUCAGAUGCUAAGUCAUUGUCAUAUGUAAAACAUGUAAAUUGAUGUGAUUUGAUGUGGUAGUUUUGUCGAAGGUACGUAGUAUUGGAG